CACGUCCCAAAAUGCAUCACGCGACCGCGUCUCCUACUACCGCGCAAGAGCGGAACCGCCUUUGCUUUCCGGCUAGUAUUUAGGCACAGCAGCUCAACAGAAAAGAUGAGUGAGGAAUCCAAUGAUGACAAGAAGCCAACGACCAAGUUUGAACUAGAGCGAGAAACAGAGCUUCGAUUUGAGGUGGAGGCAUCUCAGUCAGUUCAGUUGGAGUUGCUGGCUGGCAUGGCAGAGAUCUUUGGCACAGAACUGACCAGAAACAAGAAAUUCACCUUUGAUGCUGGUGCCAAGGUGGCUGUUUUCACUUGGCAUGGCUGUUCUCUGCAGUUGAGUGGCCGGACCGAGGUGGCUUAUGUCUCUAAGGACACCCCUAUGUUGCUUUACCUUAACACUCAUACAGCCUUGGAGCAGAUGCGGAGGCAGGCAGAAAAGGAAGAAGAGAGAGGCCCCCGAGUGAUGGUUGUGGGUCCUACUGAUGUGGGCAAGUCCACGGUGUGCCGGCUGCUACUCAACUACGCAGUGCGUUUGGGCCGACGUCCUACUUACGUGGAGUUGGAUGUAGGGCAGGGCUCUGUGUCCAUUCCUGGUACCAUGGGGGCCCUGUACAUUGAGCGACCCGCAGAUGUGGAAGAAGGUUUCUCCAUCCAGGCACCUCUUGUGUAUCAUUUUGGCUCCACCACUCCUGGCACCAACAUCAAGCUUUACAACAAGAUUACAUCUCGUUUAGCAGAUGUGUUCAACCAAAGGUGUGAAGUGAAUAGAAGAGCUUCUGUGAGUGGCUGUGUCAUCAACACCUGUGGCUGGGUCAAGGGUUAUGGUUACCAGGCCCUGGUGCACGCAGCUUCAGCCUUUGAGGUGGAUGUGGUUGUGGUUCUGGAUCAAGAACGACUGUACAACGAGUUGAAAAGGGACCUGCCUCAUUUUGUUCGAACUGUGCUGCUCCCAAAAUCAGGGGGUGUGGUAGAACGCUCCAAGGACUUCCGGCGGGAAUGUAGGGAUGAACGUAUCCGUGAAUAUUUCUAUGGAUUCCGAGGCUGUUUCUAUCCCCAUGCCUUCAAUGUCAAAUUUUCUGAUGUGAAAAUCUACAAAGUUGGGGCACCCACCAUCCCAGACUCGUGUUUACCUCUGGGCAUGUCUCAGGAAGACAAUCAGCUCAAGUUAGUACCUGUCACCCCUGGUAGAGAUAUGGUGCACCAUCUCCUGAGUGUCAGCACUGCUGAGGGCACAGAAGAGAACCUUUCUGAGACAAGUGUGGCUGGAUUCAUUGUUGUGACCAGUGUGGACGUGGAACACCAGGUGUUUACUGUCUUGUCUCCAGCCCCCCGCCCACUGCCUAAGAACUUUCUUCUCAUCAUGGAUAUCCGGUUCAUGGAUCUCAAGUAGUGAUUAGCAAGGAGCCUCACUUUCUGCGCCCUAGAGUUCUGACCAUCACCAAAGCAGAUGGAAUGAGCUCUGGCAGUCUUACUAAGUCAACUGACAAGGCCCAACUAGCAGAGAGCACAUCCUCUACCUCUUGAAACAGUGGCAGUAGCCAGAGUCCUGGCUAUUAUUUGGUUCAUUUACCUGGAACCAAAAGGAGAGCGCUCAAAAAGAAAAUCUGAAUAUUUUUUUAAGAUCGCCUAAGGUACCAUUUUAAAGAUUCCAAGACCCUAGAGAACUCCAUGUCUUCCUAUGCUACCAUGUAGGUUUUCUUGUUAUCAUUUUCUACUGUCUCGGUAUAGUAUUUGUUAUAUUAUUUAACCAGGACGGACGUGAGAAAGAGUUCAAACUUUAAAACAAUUAAUUUUAAUAAAUAUUAUUGUCAUAGAA